UAUUAUUCUUUCCAUAUCUAAGUUUGUGUGUGUGUGUGGGAACUUUCCUAGAAUUACUGCAGUUUAGUUUGGCUGGGUGUAUGCUACCUAUUCCAGUAGAAAAAAGAACAGAAAAGGCUCUGGGCCUUUAGCCCCUUUCUGUCCACUUUGUUUUUUAUUUGGACUUAUUAUUUUUCUAUUACCAAAAACAAAUGAAACUCUUACCACGCGAGCUCGACAAACUAACGCUAGUACAAACAGGAUUGCUGGCGCAGAGGCGGCUAUCCCGCGGAGUUCGACUCAAUGCAUCCGAGAGCACAGCGCUCCUGGCUACAGACUUGCAGUCAUUGGGGCAGGGAAUUCUCGGGUUCCGGCACGUAAUGAGCUCGGUUCCUUAUAUGCUGCACGAUGUUCAGAUUGAGGGCACGUUCCGGGACGGCACCUUUCUGGUGACGGUGCAUAAUCCAGUGUGCACGGUGCACGGCGACCUGCGCCUGGCGCUGUAUGGGUCUGGAAUCCAGGUUGGGCAGGGCAUGGAUCGUGUAAACGAUAUUCUGAGCGAGGAGAGAAAACUCGUAUUGAAGGAGAUCAACAACGAGCUGUUUCCGUGGUCGGAAGAGGUCGCCGCGGAGUUUGCGUCAGAUGAGGCGCUGGUCGGGCAGGUUGUGCCGGCACCCGGGGUCAUUGAGAUCAACAAGGGCCGGCAGAGGUACGCGCUGAAGGUGACCAACCAUGGCGACAGGCCAGUGCAGGCCAACGCAGAUCUCGAGAUGGACCGGCAGGUGGCGUACGGCCGGCGGCUGGACAUCCCGGCGGGCACCGCUGUGCGCUUCGAGCCUGGAGACUCGCGCAUCGUUCCGCUAGUGGACAUUGCGGGCAACCGCAUUGUGCACGGCGGCAAUGGGUUUGCGCCGGGCAAGGUGGUCAGCGGGGCGGAGGCGGUCAGGCAGAAGGUCAUCGAAAUGCAAAAGAAGGGCGCUCUGCAUGUGGAGCAGGCGGCAGAGAUCAGCCAACGCGUGCUGCUGCCCCGCACGGUCGACCGCGCCACGUACGCGAUGACGUUUGGGCCAACGACCGGAGACCGCGUGCGGCUGGGCGACACAUGCCUGUGGGCUGAAAUCGAGCGGGAUGCAACAGUGUACGGCGACGAGUGCAAGUUUGGCGGCGGCAAGACGCUGCGUGACGGCAUGGGGCAGGCGGCAGGGCUCGGGAGGCGGGAGUGCCUGGACCUGGUCAUUACCAACGCUGUCAUCAUCGACUACACAGGCAUCUACAAGGCCGACAUUGGCGUGCGCGACGGCAUGAUUGUCGGCAUCGGCAAGGCUGGCAACCCCGACGUCAUGGAGGGUGUGACACCCGGGAUGUACGUGGGCGCGUCGACCGAGGCCAUGGCGGCCGAGGGCAAGAUCAUCACGGCCGGCGCGCUGGACUCACACGUGCACUUUAUCUGCCCGCAGCUGGCCGAUGAGGCGCUGGGGUCGGGCAUCACGACGCUGAUCGGCGGCGGCACCGGGCCCAACACGGGCACCAACGCCACGACGUGCACGCCCGGCGCACACCACAUCCGCAUGAUGCUGCAGGCGACGGACACGCUGCCGGUCAACAUUGGGCUGACGGGCAAGGGCAACUGCUCACAGGCGGAGCCGCUGCGCGAGCAGGUGCGGGCGGGCGCCAUUGGGCUCAAGAUCCACGAGGACUGGGGCUCGACGCCAGCAGUCAUCGACACGUGCCUCUCGGUGUGCGACGCGAUGGACGUGCAGGCGACGAUCCACACAGACACGCUGAACGAGUCGGCACACGCUGGCGGCAAUCGGCGGCGCACGAUCCACGCGUACCACACGGAGGGCGCCGGCGGCGGGCACGCGCCAGACAUCCUGGCAGUGUGCGGGCACGCGUCGGUCAUCCCAUCGUCGACCAAUCCAACGCGGCCGUACACGCGCAACACGUGCGACGAGCACUUGGACAUGCUGAUGGACGUGGCGUUUGCCGAGAGUCGCAUCCGCGGCGAGACCAUUGCGGCCGAGGACGUCAUGCACGACUGCGGCGCCAUCGCGGUGAUGUCGUCGGACUCGCAGGCGAUGGGGCGCAUCGGCGAGGUCGUCGCACGCACCUACGACCGCGACCGCGCCGACAACUUCCGCAUCCGGCGCUAUGUUGCCAAGUACACAGUCAACCCAGCGAUCGCGCACGGCGUCGCGCACAUUGUCGGCUCGGUGGAGGUCGGGCGGCUGGCGGACCUCGUUAUGUGGGCGCCGCCAGACUUUGGAGUGCGGCCAUCGGUGGUCAUCAAGGGCGGCGUGCCGGUGCGCGCGAUGAUGGGCGAUGCCAACGCGUCGAUCCCGACGGUGCAGCCGGUCAUCAGCCGGCCGAUGUUCGCGGCGCUGGCCGGCGCACAGGGCGCCACGGCGCUGGCGUUCGUGUCCAAGGCCAGCCUGGACGAGGCGGCAGGCGCGCCGGCGCGUGCAUACGGGCUGCGGAAGCGGCUCGAGCCCGUGAGCCGCUGCAGGGGCAUUGGCAAGCUGGACAUGAAGCUGAACUGCGCGCUGCCCAGCGUCACGGUGGACCCGGAGACGUACGAGGUGCGGCUGGAUGGUGAGCCGUGCACGUGCGAGCCGGCGACGGAGCUGCCGCUGACGCAGACGCACCUUGUGUUUUGAUUCCCGAGGGCGAGCUGGGUGCGGCCGGUUAUCUUUUUUCUGUUUCUUGGCUGUGGCAUUAAUUUUUUCUUUGGACUUU